AUGGAGGUGCUCAUGAAAGUCACGGAUGCCGUCAAGUCGCUGAGGGAGACACGUCUAUCUGGAAUCCGACCACCAAAUGAGUUCUUUGACUACCAGCGAGUCUCAAGACCGGCCGACUUCAACCAGGCAACCUCGCGGAUAUCCUACAAUACUCGCUACUUCUCAGGGAACUACCUACUCGUCAUCGCCCUUCUGGCGGUUUAUGCACUCAUUACGAACCCUCUCCUCCUCAUCUCCCUCGGCUUCCUCGUCGGCGGCUUCGCAGCUAUCAACAAGUUCGCACCCGAGGCGACCCAGGUUGGCGAACACACCGUCACACAGAAACAUCUCUACACCGGCCUGUUCGUAAUUGGCAUUCCCAUGUUCUGGUGGGCUGGUCCCUUCGGAACGUUCUUUUGGCUCAUUGGAGCCUCGAGUGUCCUUAUUCUUGGACACGCAUCUUUGCUGGAGCCGGGUGUAGAGAGCGACUAUGCUGCUAUCGGCGAAACCGUGUAG